AUGCACCGCCAAGGCGCUUUCGCCGCCGGGACGAAGUCACGAAACUGCGUAGAGUGCCCGACAAACACCAUGAAACGGCCCUUCAGCUGGCCGGCGAUCGAGGCUCCGUCGACCUAUCCGGGGCUAGAGUGCCCAGAGCAUGCGGGCAUUUUCCGUCUCUCCUCCGUGGUCGCGGCCGCCUUGGCCUUUACCGGCGCCGUCAGCGCGGCCUUCGGCGACGGCAACGCCCAAGGUAUCGUCUACCGCGGCACUGGCUACGCCGCCCUCCGCUUCGCUCACGAGAACGGCCGGCUUGAUAAUAGCGAGUAUACUACCACCAACGUUAGGGUCACCCGCCUUAUCUCCCGCGGCGGUGGUAUCUUCUGCGUGUCCAUAUCCGGUGCCGCCGAGAUCGGUUAUAUAGACCUCGCUAACAGCGAUAAUAACGCCGUGCAUGAUGCGCUCGCCUUCUCGUUCGUUUGA